CAUUUGAUUUAUAUACUGCCCUUCAGGACAACUUAAUGCCCACUCAGAACAGUUUACAAAGUAUGUUAUUAAUUAUCCCCACAACAAUAAUCACCUUGUGAGGUGGGUGGGGCUGAGAGAGCUAGAAGCUGAGACUGACCCAAGGUCACCCAGCUGGAUUCAAGUGGAGGAGUGGGGAAUCAAACCCAGUUCUCCAGAUUAAAGUCUUGAGCUUUUUACCACUACACCAAACUGGCUCUUCUGGACAAAUUAGUGCCACAUUCAGAUGAGUUAACAAAGUCAGUUAUUAUUAUCUCCACAAUACAGCUGGGGAGCUGGGGCUGAGAGGAGUGGCUCACCUAAGACCACCUGUUGAGUCAAACCAGGAGAGUACUGACUUGGAGCCCAGCCUCAGAUGCUAUGCUACAGCUAUGACCUAUGCCGGUUUUUGAUCAGUAUCUAAAGUAGCCUAUGUAUAAUGGUGCCUGGAGUAUUUUAGUGUAAGUUUUUAAGUGUGUUUUUAAAGUUGAUUAUUAACUCAUUGUGUUUUAUUGAUGAUGUGAGCCUCCCUGAGCAGUUUCCUGUUUCCUGUUUGGACUCUGUUGAAUUCAAAGUGCUUCAUGAUCUUGGACCACAAACUAUAAGGACCAUUUCAAGAUGCAUUUGGAAUGAUCCAAUGGCAUUCAAGGGUAACUUUAUCAAGCAUACAUGUUUUGAUAAUUGAAGCAGAGCUUUUUGAAAAACAUCAUGAGUUUCUCCCCCCAUAUUUUUGUCUUUAUUAUUAAUCCAGAGCUGAAUAAAUGUGAUGGAGGAACAUGCAGGUUUUUUAUAUUAGAGAUAUUUCACACUCACACUUAGCAGCGUAUCUGUCCCUGGUUUGCAUCCCAUGUUUUCAGAGUUUUCACAUUAGCAAGGCAUCCAUGGGACGCAGAGCCGCUGUCAGUCCGGGUUAUCCCCGAUUUUUCUCACUGCGGACAUACCGCGAAUUUUCCCAUAAUCCGCUGCCAACUCAAUGCUGAUCCGAUAAAUCCCAGAGAUAUUUCACACUCACACUUAGCAGCGUAUCUGUCCCUGGUUUGCAUCCCAUGUUUUCAGAGUUUUCACAUUAGCAAGGCAUCCAUGGGACGCAGAGCCGCUGUCAGUCCGGGUUAUCCCCGAUUUUUCUCACUGCGGACAUACCGCGAAUUUUCCCAUAAUCCGCUGCCAACUCAAUGCUGAUCCGAUAAAUCCCAGUGUGAACACUUUUGUCCCUUUUUUGCUUCUCUCUCCCCCCGCUAAGUCUUGUCGUCGGAAGCUGAUUGGUCUGCAUCUCCAGCUCCCCAAAUGCUUCGUCCGCCAUUUUUUCCCCGCUACCUAAACAUUUCAGCGGUACAUCUCCAUUGGUGCCAUCUCUAUUCUUCUCUCCCCGUCUUUUGCAUCCUGAUAAGUUCGUGUUACGCGCCUCACAUUUCCAACCCCCCCCCUUAAAAAAAUGUUUGCCUAGCGGUGAGCGAUUGUGGUCAUGAUGAACCAAACGUUUCAGUGACAACCCCUCUCCACUCAAAACUCUCUGCAUUUUGACAAUUCAAUCAGGAACCACCAUCGACAUUUUCCAGUAAUGAAAAAUAAAAUUGGCCAUAACGUUUCUGCGUUCUGUGGAUGCAAAGGUGCAUUGAGACAUCUCCAAUUGUGUGUUCUACAUAUUUUGACUCCUUUUUUCGGGAUGGGAAUGGGGUUGGGGCAGUGGGUGGUGCCCUCAAACGAGGUUCAAACUCACCCCUUCUGGGAUCACGUGAUUUUUGUGGACCAAUGGGGUGCCAUUAUUUGCUGGGCGGGAAAUUCAACUCCUGCGAUCUGUGCCACCUCCGUGCACUGCUCAACGGUUGCUCAAGGAAAUGGCUGCACUAAAACCAACCAGUGGGAGAGGGGUCUCCUGGAGGGAGAAGGAGACAUUGGACCUCAUUGAAUUUUGGGGUGAGGAGAAGGUGCAAGAGGCACUAUUGCUCUGUCACAGGAACAUUGAUGUUUUCGAGCGCAUCUCAGAGCAGAUGGUGGCGAGAGGCCAUGCAAGAACCGCACUCGAAUGCCGGACAAAAACAAAAGCUUUGAGACAGGAGUACAAGAGGGUCGCGGCACACAAUGGAAGAUCGGGAAAUGCCCCUGCAACAUGCCCUUUCUAUGCACAGCUUGCAAGAAUUUUCAGAGGGGAUGCAAGCAUACGGCCACAAAGGGUGGCAAGAAGUCUUAACCUGCAGUCGGUGAGCAAUGCCGACCCCAUGGGGGAAGAUCGGUCGAACCAUGGCGUUCCCGCUCCAUGGGAGGGAUCAGAGGAACUAUUCACACAUCCAAUGGUCACUCUACAUCUUCAGGCGGUCCCCGCUUCCACUCCCAAUGAUUCAGGUUCUUCCACAGAACAAGAAACAUCAAUCGGAGAAGCCCCCCCAAUGGACAUGACCGAUCCAGAGGAUGAAAAUGCCGCAGACGAUCCAGAUUUAACUCAGAUAGAGGAGUUCCCGGAGGUGACAGGACAGGGUGCAGAGGAUCCGCAAGGAGAUCUGAACAAUCCACCAGCAGUGGAACAACCGCAGGUCCCCACGGCACAACUGUCUCCUGCUACACGCUUAGAAAAGGCGCGCACCAGAACCAGGCGCGUCUCUGUCCUCACCAACGUUGCAGAGAGAAUGCUAUCUCAGGCACAGAGGGAGGAACAAAACAACAGAAAGGAACGUGGAGAAAUUCUGGAGGCAACCAGCCAUUGGCGUGCAGCCAUGGAAUCAGAGACAAGAUGGCACGAGGACAUUAUCAGGGAGGCAAGAGAGGAUCGUAGGGCUUUUAUUGAGGCACAGUCACAAAAUAUGGAGGGGCUUAAUAGGGCUGUCGGUGCCCUCAGCUCCUUGACUGAACUCUUUGUCAGGGAGCAAAGAGCAGGCCCGGUUGCAGAAACUUCCCAAAAUGCCAACAGCAAAACACGCGAUAACGAUCAUGAGAAGGCACCACUAAGAAAAAGGGCUCGGAUCAUUAAAAAGAGAGAAAGAUAUGAUCCAUCCCUCUGAGCCCCACAUGUUUUUCCGGUGCAGCAUUUGGGUUGGAAUCUGCAUAUCACACGUAUCAUUGCUGUUGAAAUUAUGUUUGUCACAGCUGUAAUUGUGUUUUUCGAUGUUGGCGAGGGGUUGACAAUGGCCAUUGAAAAAAAUUGGUUUUUGUUUCCCACCGCAAUCCAGGUGCGGUUUGCCAGAUCUAUUUUUUGACCACGGUUGUUUGAAAUGUUGACCCAUGGGAGAAACUACACAGUUUUAAAUUUGUUUUUUAUUCUUUUCAAAACUUGAAAGAUUACAUGUGAGGCAUCAUAUGGACACUUAACUAACAUGCAUGUUAAAUAAAUCUUUUCUACAUCUCCUUAAACCUUGACAGCACAUUAUCAAUGUCGGACCUCAAUUUCUUGUUCUCCUCAUUCAAAUUCCUCACAUUGUUUUCUAGCUUCUUCACCAAGGCCUGCAGGCUGUCCAUCCUUCUGUUGGUUUUCUUUGCUGUGGAAACAAAAGGUGUAAGCGCAGAGUGGCCACUUCUGUGUUCACAAACGUUGUAAGUCAUUGAUGGUUACUUACCGCAGCUGAGGCAUGUUCCCACUGCCUUGUGAACAGUCUCCAGUAUCUCAAGGGGCUGUUCCCUUGCCAAAGAUGAAGAAGGCACAUUUACAGUGUGUAGUGGACACCGCGCUUGAAUGCAUUCCUCACAGGGGUCACCUGAAAAGGGGGUUUGGAGAACUUGAUUUAAUUUUGUUCAUUGUCAUUACAGAGCACGUGUUUAACAUGUGGCAGAAUGACGGUGUAGUUAGUUCCAUUUGUGUACCUGAAUGCUCAGUCAGCUGUUCUGGUGGAAUCACUGCUUGCUGAGGUGUGACUUCUUCAUUGAACUCGGAGCAGUUUCCCUCUUCUUGCUUCACUGCCUCAGAACUGGGUUGCAAAGCCAUUUCAUCCAUUGG